AUGUCGGAAACUCUGUGCGGCGAAGACUCUCCACCACCCAUCGCCGAAUCUAGAUCCAGUCCUCUCGUGAUUGAAAUCCCCGACUUAUGUGCGAAUUCCAUCUACGAUAUCGAUGAUCUGAUUGACGACGAAGGGGAGCGUAUACGAUUCUCGUCUUCCUACGACGACGAGAGAGAUAGGGCGACGAAGAAGCGUCCAGCCCUUUUCGAUGAUAGUGGUGAGGCAGUUAACGAAUCCUCCUAUGCGUCAUCCUCUGCCAGCAGUGCAAGAACUGGUGACGGCAUCGCCGAAAGACCUACGUUAAACGGCGCGCCGCCAUGUUUCAUGGAAAGCGCAAAUUCGAUCGAAAUCCCUGAAACACUAUCAGCGAUCGAGCCAUCGCACCAUUCUACGUCUCCCUUGGUGUUAAGAGUGAUGGGGAAAUGGCUGGACCCGGAACCGCACCGAUAUCUUGUCCUGUGUUGGAUUGUUCCUGAAGAAGAUGAAGAGUCUAAUUCGGAACUCAACCGUUGCCUUCAUGAGUACGAUAAAAAGAUCUUGCGAGACUUCAUACAAGAGGAAUGUUCGUCUCUUUCGAGAUCGCGGAAACGCUCGCCGCCAGAGGACGGCCAGAGUUCUAAUCAGCACCCUAAGACCCAUACGAUGGCCUCUGUAUCUAAGAAUCACCGCUAUCCCUCUCGUCAGGUAGAGGAAAAUCUCUUCCUCGACGCGGAUGUGCGUCUCGCCGACCUCCAAACAGGGGACGGGAACCGGUGUUUAUAG